AUGGCAUCUGGACCCACCAUGACGGUCCCCAUUUGUCUGGUGGAAAACCAGAACCAGAGGCUGAAGGUGAACCAGCAAGCUGUAGAGAUUCUUGACAAGAUAUCUCAGCCGGUGGUGGUGGUGGCCAUUGUUGGGCUGUAUCGUACAGGAAAAUCCUACCUGAUGAACUGCCUGGCGGGACAGAACAAUGGCUUCCCUCUGGGCUCCACGGUGCAGUCUGAAACCAAGGGCAUCUGGAUGUGGUGUAUACCCCACCCCUCCAAGCCCAACCACACCCUGGUCCUUCUGGACACUGAGGGUCUGGGUGAUGUGGAAAAGGGAGAUACUAAGAAUGACUCGUGGAUCUUUGCACUGGCUGUGCUUCUGAGCAGCACCUUUGUCUACAAUAGCAUGGGCACCAUCAACCACCAGGCCCUGGAGCAGCUACAUUAUGUGACAGAGCUCACGGAACUAAUCAGGGCAAAGUCGUCCCCAAGACCUGAUGGAGUAGAAGAUUCCACAGAGUUUGUGGGUUUCUUUCCAGACUUUAUCUGGGCUGUACGAGAUUUCACUCUGGAGUUGAAAUUAAAUGGUCACCUUAUUACAGAAGAUGAGUACCUAGAGAAUGCCGUGAAGCUGAUUCCAGGUAAGAAUCUCAAAGCCCAAAUAUCCAAUCAGCCCAGGGAGUGCAUCAGGAAUUUCUUUCCAAACCGGAAGUGUUUUGUCUUUGACCGGCCAUCAAGUGACAAAAAACUCCUAGCCCAUAUUGAGGAUGUGCGAGAAUAUGAACUGGAUCCUAAUUUUCAGGAGCAAACAAAAAAAUUCUGUUCUUACAUAUUCACCAAUGCAAAAACCAAGACCCUCAGAGAGGGAAUCAUAGUCAACGGGAAUCGGCUGGGAACUCUGGUGGAGACCUAUGUGGAUACCAUCAACAGUGGAGCAGUGCCUUGUUUAGAGAAUGCGGUGACAACUCUGGCCCAACGUGAGAACUCGGCAGCCAUGCAGAAGGCAGCUGACCACUACAGUGAGCAGAUGGCUCAGCGUGCAAGGCUCCCCACAGACACGCUCCAGGAGCUUCUGGAUGUGCACAUGGCCUGUGAGAAGGAAGCCAUUGCAGUCUUCAUGGAGCACUGCUUCAAGGAUGAAAAUCAAGAGUUCCAGAAGAUGCUUGUGGAAAUCGUAAAGAAGAAAAAGGAGGAUUUCUUGCUGCAGAAUGAAGAGGCCUCUGUUAAAUACUCUUGGGAUAAACUGAAUCAUCUUUCAAAGGCCCUGAUGGAAAGUAUUUCAGCUGGAACUUUUUUUGUCCCUGGAGGGUACAAGCUCUACAUAGAAACAAAGAAAAAGAUUGAACGGGACUAUUCUCAAGUACCCAGGAAAGGAGUAAAGGCAAACGAGGUCCUCCAGAGCUUCCUGCAGUCUCAGGCACCAAUAGAAAAUUCCAUUCUGCAGUCAGACAAAGCCCUCACAAAUGCAGAGAAGGCCAUAGCAGUGGAGCGAGCCAAGAAGGAGGCAGCUGAGAAGGAACUGGAACUUCUAAGACAGAAACAGAUGGAGCAGCAGCAGCAAGAGGAGGCUCAAGACAGGAGUUUACAGGAAAACAAGGGCCAACUGAAAGAGAAACUGGAGAAGGAAAGAGAGAACUAUAUUAGAGAGUUAGAAAGGAUAAUGGAGCAUAAGUUGAAGGUAAGUCUGGCUGGGACCUUGGUAGAUCCUGAAGGUCAUUGCCUUGGUGCCUCAAGAAGGGGGAGGGGUUCUAGGUUAGAGCAAUAUAAAGAAUCUUCAUUGCCAUCUACUGGAUGAUUCACUAGAGGCCCUGAAUCCUUUUAGUUUUUCAAGGGGCCUUUGAGUUCUGCUUCACACUGAGCCUCUGGAGAGUCCAGAAUGACUUUGGCCCAUCCAAGCCUUUGGGGAAUAUAAAUAGGUUUGAACUGC